AUGCCUCGACCUUUACCCGGCCACAUGGCCUUGAAGGAUUUCCGCACACGCAAGCAAGUCGCAGGUACGCUCAUGCUUCCCCUUGCUUCCCAUUGGCCUCCAACGGUCCUGGACCUCAUACCACAACUUUGAGCUCAUCUUCUCGACAAAACGUUUCUAUUCUUUACAACAGCCAACGAAUUGCUAAGGAAGGCUUACCUAUACUUGUACCGUAAUACGACCGUGGACCCCAAGAUCCGGACGCAGGCGAUGCUCAAGCUCAAUGCAUUCACCAAGGAUGUACGUCCCACGCCUCGGGCUCCUAGGACAUAUCUUAGCUCUCAUUUUCAACUGAGCUGACGUGUGCGCCCUACCUUCAUGUCCCCUUCUGGCCUCUUCCGCGACCACCGAUUAACCAGACCCGACCGACGAGCGUUAAGAACCGGUGUACAGAGACAGGGCGAGGAGGUGGUGUGCUCAGUGAAUUCGGUUUAUGCAGGGUACGUUUUUUACUUCCCAUUCCAACGGGCUUUGAUCGAACUGACAGGACUGACUUUCCUUGGGGGGUUCUUGUUCGUUAACAGCAUCGCUUCAAGCUCGCGGCUGAGAAAGGGGACAUCCCAGGCGUUAGUCGGGCGGCUUGGUAG